AUGGACAAGGAAUGGAUAUUUUCAGAUAAAAACAGUGACGAAUACAAUACUGGGUUGCGUGCAUUCAUCAAUCAUGCCUUACAACAUGCUUCUUUUAAGGGUCAAAUCAAGUGCCCAUGUAGUAAAUGUCAUAAUACCUAUUACAAAUCUCCUGCAGUUGUUGAAGAGCAUCUCUUUAUGGAUGGCAUGGAUCCGAAAUAUGUGAACAAUCCUUGGACCGAGCACGGUGAACGCUUACCAGUUGCAGUUGAUCCUAAUUUGCCAGGAUCUUCAGAACCUCAACCAGAUUUUAAUCCAUCAGGACCGUCAUCAUCUCAGGCAAAUUUUGAUGUGCAAGAUAUGUUGCAUGAUAUAUUUGGCGUGUAUGAAGAAGAAAAUAAUUGGGAAGCACCAGGGCCUACUGAAGGUCCAUCCAUGCCCCAUGGCCCUAGCCCCGAUGUAGAAAGAUUCUACCGGCUUAUAGAUGAUGCUGAUACUGAAUUAUACCCGGGUGCAGGGAAGAAGAUGUUUGAUUUCUUGAUAAAGUUGUAUCAGUUAAAAGCAUUGCAUAGUUUGAGUGAUGUGUCGUUCACAAAGUUGCUUGAAUUGUUAAAAGCCUAUUUGCCUCCGGGGGAAACUCUUCCUGCUUCGUUUUAUUUGACAAAAAAAUUUAUUAAAGAUCUCGGGCUGACAUACCAAAAGAUCGAUGCAUGUCCUAAUGAUUGUAUGUUAUAUCGAAAAGAUCAUGCUUCAGACACAGUUUGUCAUGUGUGUGGAACUAGUCGGUAUAAAAAGGACACAUCUGCUGACGCGACAUCCAGUAAGAAGACAGCUGCUAAGAUUCUGCGUUACUUUCCAUUAGGGCCAAGACUUCAAAGGCUGUAUAUGUCUCGCCACACCUCAGAAUUUAUGGUUUGGCAUUCCGAAAAGAGACCACGAGAUGGGGUCCUCCGCCAUCCAGCUGAUUCUCUUGCUUGGGCAUAA